GGUCACAGAGACUAUGGAUUGUGAAUGACUUGCAUAUUGAUUCACCUAUAUCAAAAAUGCCACGCUCCUCUAAAGGACGGCAAGUUAAAAUUGCACGGCCGGUGUGCUUGCAAUCUUCAGGUUUUUCUGACCACCAGUAUUCCGUAAAACAUUCCCAAGAAACUGUUGCUCCUACCAACUGUUCUUCUGAAGGUGACAUGUCAGAACUGAGUGUUUCAUAUGAUGUUCCAGAAGCUGUGGAAGAAGUAUCACUGUCAGAAACAGAUUCCUGUACUACACGUGAUCCAAAACCUUCUUUGACUUUUGUCAUUAUUCCAUCCUCUAGUCAGCGUGGACGUGCCAAAUUAUGUGAUUCAGCAGGUUUCACUUAUGUUGUUCGUCACAUCAGAAAUGGGAUAACAACAUGGCGAUGCUCUAUCAGAAACAAAACUAUGAUUUGUCCAGCAUCCGUCAAGCAAAAUGGAGAAGAAUUUGUGGCAGGUUCUGGAGUUCACAGCCAUGAACCAAAAAAUGGUGUUGAACUUGCAUUGAAGGUGUCGGCUGAAGUAAAAAGGAAGUGUGCUGAAGAUGUGUUUCGAAAUGCAUCUGAUAUAGCCUACGAAGUGCUGAGUACAAUGGUUCCAUGGGGGGAUGCGCCAGCUUUACAUGCCCUCCCUGCACCUGCCAAUUUAAUCAAGAAAGGCAGCAGAAUGCAACAGCGUCUUAAACGGGGAUACCUGACUACUCUAAACUUGAAGCAAAAACAGAAACCCACACCAGCAGAAAUUCCUUGUGAAGAUGAUGUAGCAGAGAACACAAACAUGAACCGUGGUAUGCGUGACAACUAUGGUGGUGAACUUUCCCGUGUACGCCAGUUGGGAGGUGGCGGUUAUGGGUCUCUAGGAGGAAACUAUGGAGGCCAAAGUGAAAGAGGAGGUGGAUAUGGUGGUCAGGGACUUCUAGGGUCCAGUCCUGGUCUUAUGGGCCAUAGCCGUGCUGGUGGUGGUGGUGGAGGUGGCAGCAGUAGUAGCUACGGAAUGGGCAACAGCAACCUAGACAUGGACACCUUGAUGCAACAGCGAAGUCUGCAGCAGCAGCUGAGCCUCCGAGAGUCACAGCUAGCUCUUGCUAACAGCCUUCUUCAACAGCAGUCCCAAAUGCUGGAUGGGCCUGGGCUUGGGAUGCGUGGCACCCCGUUGGGCCUAGGAGGGUUUGGCAUCGGUGGGGGGAUGAUGAAUAAAAGGCGCCAGGAUAUGAGUCUCUCCGGAUACCAGUCUGAUUACAAACGCCCACGACGAGAUUUCCAAUCACCGCACAGGGACAGGCGCAGAAGUAGAGAAGGCAAUGGAAGCAGCAGAGGGUCCAGCACCAGGAAAAAUACAAACAUGUCAUCAUCACGUCGCAGCAGCGAGCAAGCAUCUGCAGUAGCAUCAAGAUCAAGGUCAACUGAUGCAUAUGAUCCAGAGAAGCCAACUUCUGAUGAUGAAGGCAAAGGAUCAGGUGACAGAAAGGAUGAAGGUGGCAGUUCUGGAAAGCACUUUUGCCAUGUGUGCAACAUUAAUUGCCGAAAUGAUGAUGACUUCCGGGGGCACAUGAACAGCGCUCGCCACAAGAAGCGUAUGAUGGAUGUGUUGUCUGUCCACAAGGAAAAGUCCACGCAGCUGGCUGCCCGCAUGAAGGCAGAGGAACACCUGCGUAAGAUUGAGGUCAAGGAGAAAAAUGGAAAAGGAUUCUGCAAGAUUUGUGACCAGGUGUUGGAAGUUCGCUAUUCUGACCAUAUCCGCAUGGCUUUCCAUAGGAAACGAGUGAUACAAGUGAUGAGGGGCUGUGGAUGGUGUGGCGUUGAGAAAUUCGCAAACUUCACAGAGGUUUUGGCUCACCGUGACACAGAGGAGCAUAAGAAGAACCAGGCUGAGCAUGAGAAGAAUCAAGACAAAGAGGGGAAGAGCAGAAAUGGUCGAAGCAAGCAGGUGAAAGACUCACAGAAAAAGCCUGAAAAAGAAAAGGGCAGAAAAGAAGUGGAAAUCCAGAUCAAGUUGCCAGCAAAAUUUGACAAGUUUGAUCCGGAAGUUGCUGUUGGUCAGAGUUGUGUGGUUCCUGUGAGCGGAUUUUUCUGUAAACUUUGCAACAAGUUCUUCAACAAUGAAACUUCUGCUAAAGAUGCACACUGCAAAACAGAAGCUCACUUCACUAAAUAUAAGAAAUUCCUGUAUGCAAAACUGAAGGCCAAAGCUCAAGCAGACAAAGAAGCUGCAGAAAAGGCUGCAAAGGAAGAUGGUGAUAAGCAAAAAGAAGGUCAGGAGGAUGACAAGGAGACCACAAGAAAUGAAGGUGAUGACGACAUCCAUGAUCACGAUGACAUCAUGGAAGAGGUUGAAGAGGAUGCUUCCGAAGACCCUGCAGGAAAGGUGGAGGGUGACGCGGUAGAGCAAGUUGUAGCCGAUGAAGAUGGUGGCCAAGAGGAGCCGGAAAUUGGGGAUGAGCUGCAGGAGAGGGAGGAGUAUAGUCAGGAAACUGGGGACAGCGAGCAGCUCCACACUGAGGAGCAAGAUGAAGACUCCAUGUUAGAAGGGGAUCCAGCAGAUGCCAUGUAUGAGUACAAUGAAGAACCCCUGGAAGAGGACAGCCUGCUGAAGGAAAUGACUCAGGAGAGUGCAAUUUUCACAACUGCUGACGAAGAUAAUGCGGCCUUGUCCUCCAUUGCUGAUGCGGAGCCUACUCCUUCCGACUCCAAACUUGAAGCUGAUCUUAGCCUUAUAGGGGGAAGCAACUCAGAACUUCUUACUAGCCGUGAGGAUGAUGAUGAGAUGAUCAUUAGCCUCAGUGUAGAGGAAGGAUCAGAGGAAACAGAAAGUCCGCAGAAGAGUGAAGAAGUGUCUCCAGAAAAGCCACCACCGACCAGCACCUCCACUCCCACCAGAGGGGGCUCCACAGGCAGAGGGCGUGGCGGUGGCCGGGGAAGGCGCGGUCGUAGAGGAGCCAAAUAAGGCGUUUUUGUCGGGGAGAGGGAGCAUGAUGACUAGAGUCUAUGUGCCCCCUCCCCCUCCCUUUCUCUCAAUCUUGGAAUUGGCUAUAUACAUGGUACUGUAUCUUCAUAGUUUCACAUUGUAAGUUGAUGGCCAAUUUGAGCUUUUGGGAGCAUCUCUUGCACACACUAUUUGAGUGUGUUUCUGUUCUUUUUUCUUUAUUCUUUAUUAUUAUUAUUGGUGCUUCUUACUAGUUGGUGGUUUAUAGAGACAGUGAGAGCCCUUGAUAUUGUACUUCACAUGUAGAAAUGGCUGCUAACCUUAUGUCCCAGCACAACGUUUGAUUACAUGGCAGAGCUGUUAUGACACUUAUGCCUUAAGUUAUAUUUUCAUUUGUCUUGCUGAAGGAGUUGAAAUUAGUUCUAGGGAGUCAUACCAUACAGACAUGAUUUGAAAACCUGUGCCAUUAGUUGAAGAUUCUUUCUUGUGACUGGUACUUUUUCUUGAUUCUUUUUCUAAAUAAAUGCUGAACUUUGGUUAUCGCUUCUUCCAGUAGAAUUCUUCUUUUGAAAAAUCACAGUGGUGUUAUCCUCCAGUGAAAGUAUUUUGACUUCCUGGGUAUUAAAAUUGCAUUUUGUAUGGUCCGCACAAACCUGUGUUUGGUUAUCCAUGAUGUCUUUUUUUUUUUUUUUUUUUUUUUUUUUUUUUUUUUAAAUCGGAGUUUAGAACGAAUGAGUUACAUUUUAGCAAUGAAGAGAGAGAUAAUAACAAAGCACUUGUUACCGAGCACUUCAGGAAUUUGGGGCAUGAUGAUAAAUGUGUGGAGAACCUGACCCGUAGAGUAGUAGACAGCCAAAAGUGUUAUCUUAGGGUAUGUAUUUUUUGUUUUUUGGUCACUUGUCAAGAGAUGAAAGCUAGUGAAGGAAGAAAAUAAGUGGAGACUUGUGCAUGUGAUGGUUAGUAUGUAUUGCCUUGUACAUUUUGUAACCUAGUUUUAGUUCUGUUAAAGUUGCUUCUUUGGGACCAUCGUUUAUGAUGCAGAAUUGUUUUUCUUUCCAACACACUUUGGUAAAACUUUACCACGAGAACAAAAAAACACACACACAUGGGGACUUAACUGAGUUUUUAAAAAAAAUAUUUUAUUGUAUUUUGAGUGCUGAGUUGAUUGCUUUUGAUAAUACUUUCACUUGUAAAAGUUUCCCAUGUCCUAUGUUUUAUUCCACCCUGCCUUGUUGUGAAUUGUCAAAAGCUGCAAGGCAGAGUUAUGGUGGCUGUGUGUACCACAGGGGAUAUGAAAUGUGUAGUCCAGCUGUUAAAAGAUUAAAGCCUGCUGACAAAUAUUAAGGAGCUUUCCUGUCACCUGUCAGUCAAAGUGUUUUUAAGUCAUUGACCAUAGUAAUGAGUCGGAAAUAAAUUUCUGGUAACAGA